GCUUUCAAGAUUGAAGUCUUGCAUAGGUUCAGACUUCAGGAGUGACAAGUUACAAUGGCGAGAGCUGCUCAUUUGACUGUACGUCGUCUUCUCCGGUUUUGUGGACCCUGGAAGAAGCUGCUGGUCUGAAUCCGUGAACGUUUCAUGGUUUUUUUUUUGACAGGACCAAUCUAACCAGUAAUUCAUGGAGGGGUAGGCUGGAUAUUCAAGGACAUUUUUAUCGUUACCAUAGCUACUUUGGCCUUUUCUAUCGAUUGAGGAAAUCCAGCGUGUUGCCCUCCCGCGCAAUGAUGUGAUCAGAUUUGGUAACCACUGUCUGUCUGGAGCUGUGCUCGAUAGAACCAAACAGGCUGUUCGUUUUGUGAUGCUUGCGGGCUGGUCAUCUUUACUCGUAGUACCCGCGCCCCCUUCACUGCAAACGGCGAUUUAAGGCAAUCAGCCGCGGACUUUCGGGGCAUUUUUUUGUUUUUGCUUUUUUUUUUUAGAGGGGGAGGGUCUAUAAUGACAUCGAUUCCAAACAUAAUCAAACCAGAUCCCGACUACUGUCACCGAGGAAACCCAGCCUCAGUGAAGGAAGUCGUUACAGUUUAACUUAAACCCCCCCCAGAGAAAGGCGGGUCAACUUUUGAUGAUUGUGGUGGAGGUGCAUCAGGUCCAGGAGUCAUCCAUGUGAAGAUCAGCUGCCGGUUUGACGCAUCUCACAUAGGAGCGGUUGGAGUCUCUCCUUUUCCCUCUCCCCUCCCUUCCCUCUGCCCUUUCCACCCCAUCCCCUUGUCAGUCUUCUCCCUCUUUCCUGUCUGUUUGAGAUUCACCAUGCUUAUUAAGGAGUACCGCAUCCCCAUGCCUAUGAGUGUGGAGGAGUAUCGCAUCGCCCAGCUCUACAUGAUCCAGAAAAAGAGCAGAGAGGAGACCUGCGGUGAGGGUAGUGGAGUAGAGAUACUUGAAAAUAAGCCCUACACUGAUGGCCCCGGUGGGACGGGUCAGUACACUCACAAGGUGUAUCACAUCGGCAUGCACAUUCCCAGCUGGUUCCGUUCCAUCCUGCCCAAAGCAGCCCUGCGGGUUGAAGAGGAGUCGUGGAACGCCUACCCUUACACCCGCACCAGAUACACCUGUCCCUUCGUUGAAAAGUUUUCCAUUGAUAUCGAAACCUAUUACAAAUCGGACACAGGCAAUCAACCAGAUGUCUUUAAUUUGUCUGCAGCUGACAAGAGGCAAAGAACUAUAGAUCCCAUUGAUAUAGUUACAGACCCCAUUGCCCCUCAUGAGUACAAAGCAGAGGAAGACCCAAGGUUUUACAAGUCAGUCAAAACCCAGAGGGGUCCUCUGAGGGACGAUUGGAUCGAGGAGUACAAUAAUAACCCCGGAAAGACCCCCAUUAUGUGUGCCUACAAACUCUGCAAAGUAGAGUUUCGCUAUUGGGGCAUGCAGUCCAAAAUCGAACGCUUCAUACAUGAUGUUGGUCUGAGGAAGGUGAUGGUGCGUGCUCACCGACAGGCCUGGUGUUGGCAGGAUGAGUGGUAUGGUCUCACCAUUGAGGACAUCAGGCAGCUUGAACUGGAAACCCAGCUGGCCUUGGCCAGGACGAUGGCUCAGUUUUGUCAAGCAGAGGAGGCUACUGAAGCUAGCGAAUGCGUGCCAUCUCCAGACAAAGACAAAGAGGUCAAAGAGGCAAUCAGCUCCAUUGAAGCAGAAGAGACUGAUGCUAGAUCUGCAGGAGAGACUCUUCAACCACGAGGUGUUCUCACCAAGCAGUGGUCCACUUCGUCCCGAUCCUCCCGUUCAUCCAAAAGAGGAGCAAGCCCCUCACGCCACAGCAUCUCAGAAUGGAGGAUGCAGAGUAUAGCCAGAGACUCGGACGACAGCUCGGAUGAGGAGUUCUUUGACGCUCCCGAGGAUUUUUCAGAUGGUGAGGAAGUCUUCCCAAAAGAAAUUACCAAAUGGAACUCCAAUGAUUUGAUGGACAAGAUUGAAGCUGCAGAAGAAACUCCUGAUGAGCUCCUGAAAGAAAUGACCUUGGAUUAUGAAAGAGCAGGAAGUGAGGACAGACUGGAUGAGAUCCGUGACUCUCUUAGUGGCCAAGCCGAUAGCUCUCCCAUUCCCACCAUCAUGGUAACAAGGCACCAGUCAGAGAGCUCCGUCCAGCAGUGUCUGCAGCCUUCCAAAACCCACGUGCUGAUCUUGGUCCUUCACGGUGGGAACAUCCUGGACACGGGCGGAGGGGACCAGAACAGCAAACAGGCCGACGUCAACACAAUUAGUACAGCUUUUGACACGGUCAUGCGUGUUCACUACCCCGCUGCGCUGGGACGCAUUGCCAUCCGCUUGGUGCCCUGCCCUGCCAUCUGUGCCGAGGCUUUCUCCUUGGUGUCUAACCUCAGCCCUUACAGCUAUGAUGAAAGCUGUCUUUGCAGCAGCCAAGACCACAUCCCGCUGGCAGCUCUGCCCCUGUUGGCUACCUCGUCUCCACAGUACCAGGACGCCGUCGCCACAGUCAUCGUCCGGGCAAACCAGGUUUAUGCUGACUUUAUAAAGUCUUUGGAUGGGGCUGCCUUCUCGGGCCAGGUGUGCCUCAUAGGGGAUUGUGUUGGAGGAAUCUUGGGGUUUGAUGCCCUGUGCAAUAGUAACCCCACAGUAAACGAAAGCCAAAACAGCAGUCGCAGGGGCAGCGUGAUCAGUGUACAGGACCAGGACCUCCUCUCCCCUGGCAUCAUUGUCAACAGCGUACAUGGCUCAGCAUCUCCAACGCUGGAGGGCAGCCGCCACCUCAGUCGCAGUAACAUUGAUAUUCCUCGUGCCAGUGUGGGGGACGAAAUGAAGAGGCAACUGCCGCGCAAGAGGAGCGACUCCUCCACCUACGAACUGGACACGAUCAAGCAACAUCAAGCUUUCUUGUCCAGAUUUCUGUUUUGUCUCUCCAGCUUACACUCCAGUGUUUUGCGUAGUGACGCCACCUCACGCAGGUCGAGCAGCAGCACCAUGCUGGACGGAUCUUCUGUGGGGAAGUUUGACUUUGAGGUGUCAGACUUUUUCCUCUUCGGCUCCCCUUUGGGCUUGGUUUUAGCCCUACGGAAGACUGUCAUUCCAGUGUUGGAUGUGGCCCAGCUGCGGCCUGCUUGUCAGCAGGUUUAUAACUUGUUCCACCCAGCUGAUCCGUCAGCGUCCCGCUUGGAGCCCCUACUGGAGAGGAAAUUUCACCUUCUCCCUCCCUUUAAUGUACCUCGUUAUCAACGCUUUCCCCUUGGAGAUGGAAACUCUGCUCUGCUCGUGGAGACAGUCCAGAGCAACGCACAGCUGCUGCUUGACAGCGGGCCCCCCUUGUCCUUUCGCUGUCAGGAGACCAUCAGUGAGACCUGCAUUCCUGUGCCCGUGCUAAACUGGCAAGAGGGCUGCCUCAAAGCCACACCCGCCUUUAUGGAGUCGGAUGUUGUUCAGUCUCAUGGUGGUGUCUUCAUGGACAGUUCGUACCCCUCAUCCCCUGUAACAGGCCCCCUCUCCCGGGGCCAGCGGAGGGCCAGUGAGGUCAGCAUUGCCAGCCAGGUCUCAGGAAUGGCAGACAGUUACACUGCCACCAACAUAGCCAACACAAAACCAGACCAGAAUAAACAAUCAAAAACCUUCAGUUUCUUGUCUUUCCUCGCCAUACCCCAAAACAAAUUCUCCAUGAGGAGUCCUCCAAAGUCCUGUAAAAAAGCAGAGGUUGACCGGGCUGUGGGAUCUUCUGAUGCAGAACUAGAGCUGGAUGCUGAGGCAAACUCUUUUGACAGUCUGAGUCAAUCGUCCCACUAUGAGAGCUACCUGUCAGUGGGGCUGGACUGUGCUAUGUGUGACCUUGUAUCUCUGGACUCCCAAGUCGAUGAAGUUGCAGGACGUUGGUGGGGCACAAAAAGGCUGGACUUUGCCCUUUACUGCCCCGAUGCUCUGACUGCGUUUCCCACAGUAGCAUUGCCUCACCUUUUCCACGCUUCGUACUGGGAAUCCACAGAUGUUGUGUCUUUUCUCCUGAGACAGGUUAUGAGGCAUGAAAACUCCAGCAUUCUGGAGCUUGAUGGAAAGGAAGUGUCUGAAUUUACUCCAUCUAAACCUCGAGAGAAGUGGCUACGCAAGAGGACUCAUGUCAAGAUCAGGAAUGUGACCGCCAACCACCGUGUGAACGACGCCGUGUUUACAGAAGACAGCCAACAGAUCGUGACUGGCCGCUUCAUGUACGGCCCUCUGGACAUGGUAACUUUAGCCGGGGAAAAGGUUGACCUCCACAUCAUGACUCAGCCCCCCUCUGGGGAAUGGGUGUACUUCUGUACGGAGGUGACCAACAACAGUGGUCGGGUGUCUUUUGUCAUCCCAGAGGACAAGCGUCUGGGCAUCGGAGUCUAUCCGAUUAAAAUGGUUGUUAGAGGCGACCACACGUUUGCUGACAGCUACCUGACUGUUAUUCCCCGUGGCACAGAGUUUGUGGCAUUUAGCAUUGAUGGCUCAUUUGCUGCCAGUGUGUCCAUUAUGGGCAGUGAUCCCAAAGUGCGAGCAGGAGCUGUGGACGUCGUCAGGUACUGGCAGGAUUUGGGUUACUUGAUCAUUUAUGUUACUGGCCGUCCAGAUAUGCAGAAGCAGCGAGUCGUGGCAUGGCUUUCUCAACACAACUUCCCGCAUGGAAUCGUCUCUUUUUGUGACGGCCUAGUCCACGACCCGCUCAGACACAAGGCCAACUUCCUCAAAUCUCUGACAGAGGCUCAAAUGAAGAUUUACGUUGGCUAUGGAUCCAGCAAAGACAUCUCUGUCUACACCUCCAUUGGCCUCCUGCCCUCCCAGAUCUAUAUUGUCGGCAGACCAACUAAGAAGAUGCAGCACCAGUGUCAGUUCAUCACAGAGGGGUAUGCAGCUCAUUUGUCGCAGCUAGAGUACAGCCACCGUUCUCGGCCGGCCAAGUCCAGCAGCGCGCGCAUGGUCCUACGGAAAGGCAGCUUCGGUUUAGGUGCAAACAGUGACUUCCUGAGGAAGAGGAACCACUUGUUGCGCACGAUAUCUUCACAACCAGCCCCCAGCUCCCCGACCGGCAACAUCCACAACAGACCCGAGCGCACACAGAGCCAAUCGGACAGCGAGCGGCUGGAACGGGAGCGUCUGGAGCGCACUCACAGCCACACCCAGGGAGCUACUCAGCGCAGCAUGAGCAUCACAGCCAGCUGUUGGGGCCGCAGCAGCAGCACCAAGCUGGACCCGGGCUUGUUCAGCCCAAAGUGAGAAGUCCGAGACGACAGGAGAGGACUUGCUAAUGUGGCUUUAAAGAUGCAGCGCGCCAAAAAUAGACUAAAGUGACUGAAAAGACUGAAAAACUGCUGGUUGGCACUGGAAGGGUAUAUAGCACAAAGAUGUCUGGUGCUACUACCCCCCCCCACCACUAGAAAACAUACAUAUUCACCAUAAAUAUUUAAAGACCCCGUCGGAUUUGUCAACCCUGAAGUCUGACAAACAAAUAUCCACAUUAAGCUAAUAAUGUAGAGAUUGAGACUGUUUUUUUCUCAUGAAUAUUUAUCACCAUUAAAUAAAAGGUCAGUUCUCUUCCUCUAACAAGCUUUUAAGCUGGGGAUUGUUACAUGUAAAGCAUUUCUUUUCUCCUCAGCAAACAAGAAGAAGUUGUUACACACGGCUUGUAUCAGGAACAUUCACACAAUGACACUCCACUGCAGCAAACACGGCCAAUGCAAGCACAACAGCGGCGACAGACGUAAACAUCGUGUGUAGUACCUUUUAAGGUUUUUUUUUUAACGUGAUCAUCUGGUAUGAUCUGCCCUCAGAGCAAAGGCAGUGACUGUGGACACUGCAUUUCAUUUUUUUUAGAACUUGAUGCCAAAAUAAAUCUUAAAAGCACUGCAGUGUAUUUUCAGAAAUAAAAACAACUGAUUCAGUUAUUUAUAGGCCAAACAGACAUAAUCUGAUUAGUUAUUUAGAAUUUACAAACUGUAAAGGUCAAAGUGUUUAGGUUCCAGCUUUGUCUAUUUCUUUUCCUUCCUGUCAGACACAAAGACUUAUUGGAGCGUCGUGGGAAGCAAAUAGCUAAAUCCCCCUUUAAGCACGGAUGCAGCUGGAACUGCUCUUUGUAUUUUAUAGCAUUGAUCGUCCUCCGUGUGACGCAGCUGUGGAGAAAACUGCUACCUCUGCACACUGAACGUGCCAGAGCAAAACAGCCCAGAAUAUGUGAGCAGAGAGACGUGUGUGAAAAUUGAAUUGGGUACGAUGCCACCAAAAGUCUUGUACAUAAUCGUUCCAUUACAGUGCAGAUCUGGUAUCUAGUUUGCUGAAAACCAGUUUAAAGUGUCUUAUUUACUCUGGAGGUGAACAGCAGAUCAUUCAGGACAUGUUUUACUGAUAAGUGAAUAUUGCUAUUUAAGGUUUGAGCUAUUUUUAAACAUUGAUUUUGUGAACAAAAUGUGUUUUAAGAUUACUUUUUGCUAUGUGGUGUACUUAUUUUUCCUUCCAAUUCAAGUUGCAGCCGCCAAAAUGCAAAGUUUUUCAUGGAACAGUAUUGUAUUUGUAUUAUUCUGGCAAAUUAAUAUCAUUGUAUCAACUUCUUAUGUCAUAUUAAUGUAUGUUUCUUAUUACUAGGUAUUUUUGGAAAUUUGGGGUUUGGCUUCUUUCUGAUUAUCCCUGAACUGUAAAUGAGGCAUUGAAUGUUCUCUUAGAGAUAAUCUAAUUUCUAGGUUUUGGUUUUUUUUGCUCUGCUACACCUUUAGAGGAGAAAAAUGUGCAAACUGUAAAUCCUGUACGAUAUUUUGUUGAAAUUAGGAAUACGAGCUGAGACCUGCCUUAUGCUAGCAGCUGUUUAUUUCAAGGAAAUGGGUGAAAACACAGAGACUGUUUUUCAGGUGAUGGUGAGGAUGUGUCCCUUUAACAGACUGGCGCAGAGUUGACUGUAGUGGACCAAAAUGGGCUCAAACACAAAAGGGAAUUGUGCAAUAUUCGCCAGAUAAAACCAGCCGUUUAAAAAAAAACAUCACGGUGAACUGACAAUCAGAAGAGCCGGCUUAUAUUCUCCAAAAGUCAAACUGCAGAGGGUGUUGCUCUUAUACUCCUCAAAAAAAAGAACAUAACACUGGCCUGUGGAAUGUCACAUUUAGGUGAGCAGUUCACACAUAGAAAAAUUCUACCAAACUUGUGAAAAGUUGCAUAUUUGAGGCUAAAAUGUAUUACUUUUUUAGUCCAACGUGUGCAUCGGUGAGGAAUUACAUUGUUAUGCUUUAACAUCUCCCUACAGCCUCUUUAAAUGGAUUCUGCAAACCAUGCUAACCAAGACCCCCUCAGCAUUUGGACCCGUCUAAAUGUUAGCAUGAAACCCAGAGACUUUGGAAAGCUGCUAGUUAAAAUAAAAACGGCUGGUUAUGCAUUCAAACAAAAAAAA